UGACCUCACAGACCGACUUGGCCGCGGGCCGAGAGCUGCAGGAGCCCGGCCACUCUCGGACUGGGCGAUGUCCUGGACAGUGCUGUUCCUGGUGGCCGGCUCCCUGGCCAUCCCGGCGCCGUUCAUUGUGCUGGUGCCCCCACACCCCAGCAGCCACGAGGACCCCAUCCACAUCGCCUGCGUUGCCCCUGGCUUCCCUGGCGCCAACUUCACGCUCUACAGUGGCGGGCAGGUGGUCCAGCUGCUCCAGGCCGCCGCGGACCAGUUCCGAGUGACCUUUAACCUGAGCGGGGGCGGCCUCGAGGCCCCAUUCCAGUGCCAGUACCGGGUGCUGGGGGAGCACGCGCAGCCGCAGGUGUCGGACCUCAGCGCACCCAUGCACGUGACCUACCCAGUGCCCGCCUGGAUGCUGGCCGUGGUGCUGAGCCUGGGGGGAGGCAUCGUGCUGGUGGCCGGGCUUGUGGCUGUAGCCUUGGUGGUCAGGAAAGUUAAAAUGAAAAAUUUGCAGAAGAAAAGGGAGCGUGAAUCCUGCUGGGCGCAGAUUAACUUCAUGAACUCAGACUUGACAUUUGACAACUCCCUGUUCACCAUCAGCUCUAAAACAGCUUCAGAUGAGGACGCGUUCCCAGGCUCCACAGUGACACCAGGGGACUCUGGGCCACGGCGGAGGCCGACCUCCACUUCAUCCUCGCCUGAGCCCCUCGAAUUCCGCACUUUCCAGAGCUGCCAGUGAGACCGAGGCUGGCAGGGGCCCGCCUGCACACUGACUCUCUGAGCGCGCCCAGGUGUGUUGGAUGGACCCACCCUCGUUCCAGCUACUUUGGGGCUCCGGCUCCAAGGACCCUUUUCUUGGACAGUUGGAGAGAUGAA